CUGAGGCAAUCUCUGAGGUGUUUUUUUUUUUCUACCGGCAUUUUAUUAUUUAGCCGUGCCAGUUAGAACUUCAUUCAUAAGCAUCAGUGGUUUCACGGUACAUACCUACCCAAGUUGAUGAGUUAAUUUUUAUGAAGCUGACAAGAUGAAUGAAGACAAAAUGAAGGCAUUUGUGAUCUGGAUCCUUCUCCUUGUCUGUUCAUCAUCACAUGGAGCAAAGUUGAACACACCAAGAGUGCUACUUCCAUACAACUUUCAAAACAAUCCAGUUGUGUAUACUUUGGAAGUUACUGAAACAACUUCAGAAUGUUUUGUUUGGUCAUCCCUGCAAGAGGAUGCUGUUCUGGUUGAGCCUGUGGAAACUGGCGGCUGCUCCAACAAGGCCACUGUUACAGCCAUUUCCCGUCAGUCCUCUACCCAGAAGGUCAUCGUCCUCGCUGAGGACAGAGAGAGCGGCGUGGUGCUGCGCUGUGACGUCAUCGUCGACACGCCGCGCUCGCUGCUGAUCGCCACCACCACGCGCGAGAUCUACGUGGAGGAGGCGGCCGAGGAGUUCGAGCUGAUCGCCAUGGACGAGCAGGGCAACCAGUUCACCAGCCUGGACGGCGUGUCCUUCCAGUGGUCGGUGAAGGCGGUCGGCGGCGGCCAGCCCGUCAUCAGGAUACAGCCGUUCGCCGAGUCCAGCUACGACACGUCGCCGGCGAUUGAGGCACUGGAGCGGCGCGGUCUCCGCGGCGACAAGGUGCUCCUGGUGGGCACGGCCACCGGCGUGGCCGUGGUCUCGGCCCGGCUCCAGCACGCCCAGCUUGGCGACCUGGAGACGCCCGGCGUGCGGCUCUCCUCGGUGGCCAACCUGCUGCUGCAGCCGCCGGACGCCUUCGUCCUGCCCGGGACGCGCGUGCCGUAUGCUGCCGUGCAGGUGAAGCACGGUCGCCUGCACCCGGUCCGGCUGGACGCGUCGCCGUAUUACCUGGACGUCCGAGACGCGGCCGUGGGCCGCCUGGAGAAAGGAUCCAGCACCGUCACCGCGCUGAAGAAAGGCAAUACCGAGGUGACGCUGCGUGACUCAAACGCCGAGGGCGGCGACACGGGCGCCUCUGCUCGGCUCUCAGUGGUGGAACCGGCCAGCCUGACCGUCACCUCGCCCUCACACGCUGACUGGGUGGCCGUCACCGGACAGCGCGUCCGACUGCAGUGCCACCUGUGGGACGCGCUCGGAAACAGGCUCUGGAUCGGAGAGAACGUGGUUGUGGAGCUGACUGUGGAGGAGGAGUACUUCUCCAUGGACCUGGCCUCCGACAACGGCACCUACGCCGAGGGGACGACCGUCAGCACCGGGCACGCCAAGAUCCGGGCUCGUCUGACCGGUUACCGCGUCCCGGACGGCUCUGAGCACAGCCUGGCCGUGCCGCUGGAGGCCACUGCCACCCUGGAGAUCUACCCGCCGCUGGCCGUGGUGCCCGAGCUGGUGGUACUGCCCUGGAACCCGCAGACGGCGCCCACCUACAACAUACAGCUUAACUACACGGGCGGCGACGGCAGCGUGGCGUGGUCGUCCAACAACAGUCAUCUAGCCACCGUCAGCCAGCAGGGCGUACUGCGCACCCGCGGCAGGGGACACUGUACAGUCACCGUCAGCCUGGUGCGCAACCCGCGCAUCAAGGCACACGCACAGGUAUACGUGGUACCGGUGGCCGAGCUGUCUCUGCCUGCGGGUCCGCGCGAGGCGGAGGUGGGGGCGCCCCUGCUGGUGCCUGUGGCGCUACACGCUCGACUGGAGGACGGCCGCCGCGUCAGUUUCACCCGCUGCCACCAGGUGGCUCUCAAUGUGCAGCUCUCCAACGAACGCUUCGUUACGGGACCCGAAGACGAGUCUGCCGGGGAGGCGCCGCCGGGCGCGUGUCGCCAGGUUUCUCUGCGGGGCGUGGAGCCGGGCCACGCGCGGGUCACGGUCAGCCUGCUGGAGCCGUGGCCGACGGCCGAGGCGGGCGCGCUGGUGGGCACCUACCGGCCGCUGACGGUGGCUCCGCCGGCGGACGGCGCCGGCCUGCUGUUGGCGCCCCGCUCCUCCUGGCUGCUGCAGGCCGACGGCGGUCCCCUGCCGUGGCCGACCCGACCCGACCGACACCAGGCCACCGCAGUGAGCUCGGUCGACUCAGUGUCUGUGACCGAGGUGGCCGGCGCCGACGGCUUCUGGCGGCUGGUGUUGUGCCGCGCUGUCGGAGAGGCCCGCCUGCAGCUGACGGUGGGGAACCGGCCGUCCGCCGAGCUACCACGGCCGGCCGUCAGCCGCGCAGAGGUGCUGGUGCGCUGCGCCAUGCCGCGCCGCCUGCUGCUCACCGCCGAGCAGCCGGUGGCCGCCGGCCGCCAGCCGCUCGAGCUGCCCGCCUGCCCGCUGCAGCAGCCGCUGCGCGCGCACGCCGGCCAGCCGCUGCCGCUGCUGCUGCGCUGUGAGGACGCGGACGGCGCCGCCUUCCAUAACGCCAGUUCUCUGGCGCUCGCCUGGAGUGAGAGCAGCGGAGGCUCGCUGGCGCGGCUGGAGCCGGCCGGCGGCGCGGCGGCGGGCCCCGGGGCGCUGCCGGCCGCCGAGCGGCGCUCGCUGGUCCCGGCCGGCCGGCCCGGCGAGCUGACUGUCCGCGCGGUGAUGACAGCUCCUCAGGGGGCCGCCCGGCUGGAGGCGGAGCUGGCACUGCGUCUGGUAACGCCGCUGCAGGCCUCGCCUGCUCAGCUGGUCGUGUUUAACCACCCGGCCACGCGUGAGGCGGUCCAGCUCACCGGCGGCUCGGGCCAUGUCGCCGUGCGCGUGGCGACGCCGGCGCAGAGCUCGCUGGCGGCCUUUACCUUCCACCCGGAGAACAGCAGUGUGUCGGUGGCGCCGCGCGCCGACGGUCGCCUCACGCUGGAUGUGUGGGACCUGUGCCUGACGGCCACCCCGCCGGCCACCGUGGCAGUCCAGAUCUCGGGUGUCACCGGCGUGGAGCUGUCGGUGGUGGGCCGCCUGGCACUCGGCAGUAAGACCGUGGCCAGCGUGGCCGUCCUGGGGGCCUCUGGGACCCGGCUGCCGGCCCGCCUGCUGCCGCUGCUCAACGUGCGACUGGAGCCAGCCUCCAGCGUCCUCUCCGUUAGAUACCAGUCGGCCGGCCCGGACGACACCCACCUGUACGAGGUGCGCGGUGAGGCCGUGGGCGACGUCACCCUGACAGCCCGCGCCGGCGCCACGGCCGCCUCCGACCGGCGUGUGGAGGUGUUCCCUCCGCUCCGACUGAGCCCGCGGAACCGGACGGUGGCCGUCGGCAGCCAGUACCAGCUGGCGGCCAGCGGCGGGCCGCGCGCCGACACCGACGUCUGGUUCAGCUCGUCGGAGCCGACGGCGGCCGAGGUCAGCGCGUCCGGCCUGGUGACGGCGCGCCGGCCGGGCAGCGCGCGGCUGACCGGCCAGGUGGCCGACGGAGAGCCGGCCACCGGAGACCACACCGUCUACUCGGAGGACACCGUGUCAGCUCACGUGGUACAGCUGUGCGGAGUGCGGCUGCGCGCCCCGCUCACCCGCAUCCAGCGCGGCCAGCGCCAGCCACUGUACGCCGACGGGCUGGAUCAGCACGGAGCCGUGUUCGUCAUCAAGAGCCCGGUGCCGGGCGUCACGUUCCGCUGGAGCAGCUCGUAUCCGCAGACGGCGGCCGUCUCCAGUCCGCUCAGUCCGCUGUGUGUCGACUCGGACGAGGGCGUGGCCAUGCGCAUGUCGGCGCUGGAGCCGGGCAAGGCGCAGCUGUCGGUAACGCUGGCGUUUGGUGAUGGUCUGCGGCCGGUCGGCUGUCCCGCCGAUCUGCCCACCAAGGCUGCACUACACGUCACGGUGUACGAGGAGCUGCGUGUGCUCUCGCCGCCGGUGCCGACCGGCUCUGUGCUGAUGUCGCCCCACUCCCGGCUCUCCCUGCGCACCACUCUGCCGGCGGUGGCCACCUCUGCCGAGGGCCUGGUCUCGGUCAGCGGCUCAGAGCUGGUGGCCGGGCCGCGCACCGGCCGCGACACGCUCCGCCUGACGGCCGCCGGCCAGCCGGGCGGUAACCAGACGGCCGCGCUGCUGCUCGAACUGCUGCCCGUGCACUAUGUUAUGGUGACGCCCGUGGCUGAGCUGUGUGUGGCGGACGGCGCCGGCGGACUGCCCACCGGACUGACGCUCCGACUGAACGUUACCGCGCACGACACUCGCGGCCGGCCGUUCGCCGCCUGGCUGGGCGCGGCGCCCCCGGCCGCCAGUCGCGCGGACCUGCUGCAGGCGGCCGGCACCGCCACCCUGGUGACGGCUCAGCUGCGCCGUCCGGGCACCGUCAGUCUCAGUGUGGCCGCCGACGCCGACCCGGCACUCAGCGAUGUACUGUUUGUGGAUAUCGCUGACCUGGUGCCGCCAGAACAGGCGCAUCUGACGGUGGGUGACGUCACCUGUCUGACGUCACCGGUCACGCCGGCGGGCCAAUGGCGCUCCGACAGUCCCGACACAGUGGAGGUGACGGCAGAGGGUGCCCUGGUGGCCCGCCGGCCCGGUUCAGCAGCUGUCACCCUGACCACAGAGAGCGGCCAGCAGGCGCGCUCCAGGAUCACCGUGCAGCCGGUCACUCAGGUGUGGCUGUCCCGUCCGGUAUCGGUGGGCGCGGUGGCCGCCUGCGGCCGGGAGUCGUACCGCCUGCCUCUGAAUCUGUCCGGGGAGUCGCCGGUGCCGCCGCCGCCGGCCGCGCGCUGCUCACCCGCCGCUCUGGAGCGUCUGACGGCCGCCAGCCCGGCCUCCUGUCGACUGAGUCUGAGCCGUCCGGCGGCCGGCGUCAGCGCCGACCAGCUGUUCCUGUCCCGCGCCGUGCUCAGCGCUGAUACCGUCGGCUACCAGUGCGAGCUGACGCCGCUGUGCCCGGCCGGCGCCGCCGCCGCCCGGAUCGCCGCCGACCUGGUGGUCACCGCCGAGGUAUCGCCCGGCGGCGGUCAGUCGGCCGUACGCUCCACCCCGCUCACCGUGCCUCUGAUGCCGCCCGUCCACCCGGAGACCACGGAGCUGCGGCUCGGUGGAGCGGUGGUCUCCACUGAGCUGAGCGUGCUGGGCGCGCGGGAUCUGCUCUCCUCAGUGACGGCAGCGGUGACGGACAGUCGGCUGCUGCAGGCCUCUGCUCCGCGGCGGGACGGUGAGCGGCUGGUGGUGACGGUGUCCCUGCGGCCGGCCGCCUGGCUGCCGGGUCCCCGGCCGGCCGACCUGGCUCUCCUGCUGACGGUGGCGGCCAGCGGUCAGACGGUGUCCGUGCCGGUACGACUGUCCGCCACGGACGCGUCCACGCACCCGCCGCCGCCGCCGGCCGGCUGGGGCCACGUGCUGUGGCUGCUGCUCGGCCAGUACUGGAGCUCCGUCUGCUCGCUGCUGACCGCGCUCGGUGCCGCCACUCUGGUGUACCUACUGCUGCGCCAGCUGCGGCCGCCCGCCGCCGCCCCCGCGCCCGCCCAGUCGGCCAGCCCGGCCAAGACGCCGCCGCCGCAGUUUGGCUCUCCGCCGCCGCCGUACCACGCCGACAGCCCGGUCCGGACGCACCUCUGGACGGACGACAAGGGCCCGAUCUACGGCAGCCCCAGCCUGGUGCGGCGCUCGCCGUACGACCCGGACCGGAGCCGCGGCUCGCCCUACGCCAACGGAGAGUCGCCGUACAGCCCCCGCUGGUGAGGCGGUGCUAUGUGCCGGCGAACGUUACCUUCCGGUGGACGGUGACGGAAACAGUACCACCGUGCCAAGAAACAGGUGAUGCCGGAGCAGAGAGCUGCUUGGUGAACAGCGUGGCUUUGGCGUGAAGAUGGGAAGUUGCCGGUCGCGAAAUCAGCAGCUGGAGAAAAGCUCAAGUACCUCGAGUGGAUCUCGAAGCACGGGUUGUUUGCCGUGCCGGACGGAUGCCAUGGAAGAGGUGGACUUUGGGACUCCUCUGGCGAGCGGACGCGAUUGAUUUGUCGCUGUGAUGCGGACUCUGACGAGGCUAAAACUGUCGAUUGUUGGUCGUCGUUGGAAGUGUUCUGAACGUUGGAAGGCCACUCGUUCCGCCAUUGAGCGUACAACAGGCCAUUGCGGUCAGUUCACAGUCGAAAGUGACUCGAAUGACAAUCGUCAUGGUUCAGCACUGUCUUUCGUGUUUGGACGUUGCGAGUUUGUAACUUGUGAACGCGGCAGGGUUUCGCCAUCAUCUGUGCGUUGUGUGAAGAGUGACGCUCUGAAUGGGGAAGGUGUAAGGGUUGGAGCGAAUACCUCCUGGUCUUCAUGUGCGCCUUAACCUUUGUUGCUGAGAAACCUUUGUCGAAGAGGGUUUGAUUUGUACUUACAAGUCUGAUACAGACGAGACGUUUUCGAUGCCUCGACUUCUCUGACUCCAAAUGUGCCUUUACCUUUGUCUGGCUACCUCUUAGCGCUCAGCUCAAUACUUUUGUUAGUGGUUUUGAAUGUGAACAGAAACUGUCUUAGUGAGGUGACUCUAGUUUUGUUUUUCUAUGGUUUUCAUUGACUCUGCCGAGCAACUUGUCUGUUCUGUGCGUCUGCAAAGCGCCUGUUCGAUGUUGAUGCGCGCGAUUGGGCCUGAUUGAGCUCUGAGGUGUUCGUGACUUUGCAAGUCUGAGAGGAAUUGUCCGGUUUCUGCCACCAAUCAUCCGUCAUUCAUCAUCUACCUUGCCAUUUGUCGAAUAAGUCACGAAUAAACAGGUUACCGCAUUGUGCAAUUGAU